UCUUUAAACAUUUAAUUUUUAUUUUAGACAAAAAAAAUGGCUUUAUGGUUAGUUAAUCAAAUGGUUGAACAAGGACAUGCUGUCGCUUUAUUAUCUGGUGAACUCACUGUCCAACAAAGAAUAUCUGUUUUGGACCGUUUUCGUGAAGGAAAAGAAAAAGUUCUGGUUACUACUAACGUAUUAUCUAGAGGGAUUGAUAUUGAGCAAGUCACGAUUGUUAUUAAUUUUGAUUUGCCUGUGACAGUCACUCGUGAACCUGAUUAUGAUACGUAUUUACACAGAAUAGGACGUACUGGUCGUUUUGGUAAAAAAGGUAUUGCCAUUAACCUUGUUAGUGGUAGUUCAGAUCAUUUGAUAUUAAAACAAAUUGAAGAACAUUUUUGUAAACCUAUUGAAUGUUUGAAUACUGACAAUGCAGAUGACAUGGAAAAAUUGGGAGCUGAUGAUUAAUUUGUAAUAAUUGUCUGUAACAAUUCUUUUUUAAUCUCUUACAGUUGUAAAAAAAAAUUAUGAUUAAUUAAAUCCUAUAUUAAGAAACUAAUGUUAAUUUAAUAAAUAUUUGUUUUUUACCUUAAGUAAAAUUCGGACUCAAAAUCUUUUUGGAACAAAAGUUGUUUUAUACUAAU